UAACAUAAAGCACAAUGUUAAAGAAGACUUACUAUCGUUGCAAACCUUUAGUCCGAUUGUUAGUCUCUUUUCUUACCCUGUGGUUUGUAAAGUGUAACACAAAUAUAAACAAGAUCGAGCUGAUCAAGUUAUCUGAAUAUGAUAAACGUCUACCGAGUCUUGAAGAUUUCCUUACUGAGUUGGAGAAUGUGAGCAUAAUUGAAUGUGGUGCGAUUUGCUUAAUGAACAAGUUUGUAUGUGUAGGAGUUUUCUACAACGCCUUAACCAAAUUCUGUAAGCUACCAAACGAUUACCCAAACAAAACAAUGGAUUACGGUGUUCAGCCUGGUUGGGGGUUCUGGAAUACAGAAUGUAACUCCGGCUGGCUGUAUCAUUCAGACCACUGCUAUCUUCUGAAUCAUACACAAAAGUCUUGGCAUGACGCAAAGCUUCAAUGUGAAAGUAAUGGCGCAUUCCUAGCUGAUAUCAAUUCCGCCGAGGAGAACUCUUGGAUUACAGAGAAACUCAUCGGGUCUAACUCUACUGACCAAACGUGGAUUGGUGCAAGCGAUGAGGCUAUCGAAGGCAUCUUCAUAUGGAGUAAGACAAACUCUACUUUGAAAUUUUCGAAUUGGAGGGAGGGCGAAAAAAACGACUUUAAGGGAGAGGAUUGUCUUUCCAUUACCCACAACACAGGAAAGUGGAACGACCGCCAUUGUUCAAUUCAUCUCAGUUUCAUUUGCAAGAAAAUAACAUAAUCUAAGCUUUCAAAGUUUUUGCCAAUAAACUUUUUUGUAAGCGUUCUUUUUUUUUUUUUUAAGUUUAAGGGAGAGGACUGGGUUUUCUUGUGUGAAAACUACAUAAGAGAAACUCUUAAAUUUUAUACCAUAUGCAACUUGCAUUGACUUCAGUGUACAUGCCAAGUUUCCAUGUUUUUAUGGAGGACUACAAAAAAAGGGCAGAUAUAAAGGAGUUCUUUUAUAACGUGUUUAAGACCCCUUGAAUUAUCAUAACGUCAAAAGCACGAAAAGAAAUAUCAAAUGGAUCAGGACUUGUUUUUCGUUUUUAUACAUAAUAGAAAGUACGGCAAUGAGUCAAUGACACACAUGCAUUUUUGCUCUUAACGUUUGGUGCCACAAAAUUUGGAUUUGAAAAAUAUCGUUAAUCAUUAAUCAUAGUUUACAACUGGUAAACUAUGUUUUACAAUUGAUAUACCUAGUUAAUCAACUGUUAAGCUUUAUCAUGUUUAUUUUUUUCUUGUGAAUUUGACGUGUCAUAUGUAGACGAUGAUAUGAAAAAAGACAAUCUUGCAUUAGAUAAUUCUCUCUUUUCUGGCAUUAUAAAUUUUUGUUAUUUGCUUGAUUAUGAUAAAAGAACUUAUGGUUUUUAACUCACUAUGCAUCAGUCUCUUAAUAGCAUUUAAUUAAUAAAUAUUUC